AUGAACAAAAAAGAUGUUAAUGUGUGCGUAUCAGCCCAAUGCUGUUGCAAAUUGAUAAUGAAAUGUCCUGAAAAACCGGCCCCGGCGGCAGCUGUGAAACCACGCAAUCCUUGCGGUGAACGUGCGAAAAACCCCGAAAUGAGUCUAUGCGAUUACUUAAAAUCGCAGUCCGUUUCGGACUGGAUGAAAUCCCUGCAGGACAAUCGUGCCGGGGCGAAAAAUCCAAAAGACAGGCCGCGCGGCCCGGUAAGGCCGGUUGUGGCACCAGCUCCGGUAAGUCGUAUUUGUGAACAGCCGCCAUCCGCCGACCGCGGAGCGAAACAACCUCAGAACCAUCACCCGGAUAUUAAGCAGAAUCCGGUCCAAGAAGAUCGUAAUAUGUCGCAGAUCAUCAUCAACAUCGGGACGAUAAUAACUAAUGGAGUCUGCAAGCGGGACUCGUGUCAGCAAACUGAUUCGGAAGUCCAGAUCUCCGUCAGUCCACCGGCCAAAUGUCCGACCUCUGCUUGUCCACCGGUCGAGCGCCCGACCUCCAUCUGUCCACCGGCCGAAAAACUGAUCAUUGCCUGUCCACCAGCCGAAAAACCGACCAUUGCCUGUCCACCGAUUGAACGUCCGACGUCCAUAUGUCCACCGACUGAAAAUCGGACUUCUGUCUGUUCACCUGCCGAACGUCCAACUGCCGCCAUCCACCCUAAAGUCCGUUCACCCGCGGUUGGAUCUAUUCCGGUGUCACGGGACCGUUCCUGUCGAUACCAGGGCAACACACCAUCUGCUAUUCCAAGCACAGAGCCGAAAUCCUGUCCCGAGCCCAAAAUUGUGUUUAAGGUGAACUGUUGUUGUACCUGUCACUCGGACUAG